UCUAGUCAAUUUCGCAUCCUCCCACUUUUUUCACUCUCUCCGGUCUUCUCGAAACAAUGGCGAACGUCUUCACAGCAGCACGGUCCGUCUUCGGCAGGGCCUCAGGCCUCGUCGCGCAGCAGCAGCGCUUCAACGUGUGCCUCAGGUUGAUGAGCACAGGAAAGUACGAGCACAUCCUGGUGGAGAAGAAGGGCGAGAAGCAGAAUGUGGGCGUCAUCACCCUGAACAGGCCAAAGUCCCUGAACGCCCUUUGCAAUGCCCUGAUGAACGAUGUCAAUGCGGCGUUGGGCGCUCUUGAGGCCGACGAAUCUGUUGGGGCGAUUGUCCUCACCGGCAGCGAAAAGGCUUUUGCUGCAGGAGCUGACAUCAAAGAGAUGCAGAACAAUGACUUUUCGUCCAACAUCCGCAGCAACUUCCUGUGCCACUGGUCCAACAUGAGCAACACCCGCAAGCCCAUCAUCGCUGCCGUCAAUGGCUACGCCCUCGGAGGCGGCUGUGAGGUGGCCAUGAUGUGCGACAUCAUCUACGCCAGUGACAAGGCAAAGUUUGGACAGCCAGAAAUUGCCAUUGGAACCAUCCCCGGCGCCGGAGGCACCCAAAGGCUCACCAGGGUUGUCGGGAAAUCCAAGGCCAUGGAGAUGUGCCUCACAGGCAACAUGAUUGACGCUCAGGAAGCCCUCAAAUUAGGUCUGGUCAGCAAAGUCGUUCCUGCCGACAAACUGGUCGAGGAAGCCGUUAAACUCGGAGAGAAGAUUGCCUCCCACUCUCCCCUGAUUGUCUCUCUGUGCAAGGAGUCCGUCAACGCAGCUUACGAAACCACUCUGGAACAGGGUCUCCGUCAGGAGAAGAGACUCUUCCACGCAACCUUUGCCACGGCUGAUCGCAAGGAAGGCAUGACCGCGUUUGUGGAGAAGAGACCUCCCAAGUUCACCAACAACUAAAAAGUCCAGGUUGAUUUGUUAUCCCUUGAGAAGAAGUGCCUUAACUCUAAAAUCACAUCGUUGAUUGAAGGAAAAGAACUGUUGGCAUUUUAUUUUGUUUAUUCAGAGAUUUACUGUAUUUUCGUACAAAAAGAUAAUCUUUUCUGCAUCAGCAUCAAUUGUUUAAAAAUUCAUACUUAUAGAGGACUGCUUUUAGUCGCUGUUAAAUUAUAUAAUAUUCAAAUUAUUAAAACAGGAAUACUUUUGUCUUGCCCAGCUUGCUCAGAGUGCCAUUUAUAUUGAUAAAAAUAAAACAAUUCAGUUGCACGUAAAA